CGACUCGCCCUCGAUCUCGUCGCCGCCAUUGAUUUUCUUCACCAUCUUCGACCUCGAGCAUCUCGGCGGUCUAGAUUUCGCCCGAGCGUCCACUUCUAGGGUUUCGGCUUUAGAUUUGGUGGUGGCUGCUUGUUUGGUCGAGUUCAGAGUUGUUAAUGAAAUCAGGUUUAGUAACGGAUAUGAAUCUUGUUUAGAUCCGACCCAUUAUGCAACUUAUUUUGUGGCUAAAAUCGACCUCUGAAGCCUAAAUUUGAUUCCCCCUUUUCUUAAUCCCAAGCGAUUUUGCAGGUUGUUCAAAUGCAUCCUCCUCUGACUUUACACAGGCAUCCCAUGUGUGCUGAUAUAAUUGAGGAGUUUCAAAAGUGUCAUACCGAUCAUCCAGUUGGGAAAUUCUUUGGAAAAUGUACUGAGCUCAAGAUAAAGCUUGACAAAUGCUUCCGCCAAGAAAAAGCGGUGAAGAGGAAGGCAAACUUUGAGGAGAGCAAGAAGUUUAAGGAGCGAUUGCAGGCUUACAGAAAAGAAAUGCCAGCACAAGGUUCUGAAUGAUGGAGUGUAAUUUUCAGUUUGUUAUUGCUAUUGAUUCUUGAUAUUGAAUUAUGAAAUGGGGUUGGGUUUUUUAUUGUAAUAUGUGAAUGUUAUGGUGGUGUUUGAGGUUAAAUAAUAUUGUUGAACAUCUAUGAGCCUAAUACAGUUCGACUCCCAGAAAAUUGUAUGAACUGGAAUUUUGUACAUAUUAUUUUGAAUUGAAUAAUAUUUCUUUGUGA